AUGCCUAUCACCAAGAUCCACGCUCGUUCUGUGUACGACUCUCGCGGUAACCCUACCGUCGAGGUUGACGUCGUCACCGAAACCGGCCUUCACCGUGCCAUCGUUCCGUCCGGAGCUUCUACCGGUCAGCACGAGGCUUGCGAGCUCCGUGAUGGUGACAAGACCAAGUGGCUUGGAAAGGGUGUCACCAAGGCCGUCAAGAACGUGAACGAUGUCAUCGCUCCCGCCAUCAUCAAGGAGAACAUCGAUGUCAAGGACCAGUCCAAGGUCGACGAGUUCCUGAUCAAGCUCGAUGGAACUGCCAACAAGUCCAACCUCGGUGCCAACGCUAUCCUCGGUGUCAGCUUGGCCAUCGCCAAGGCUGGUGCUGCUGAGAAGGGCGUCCCUCUCUACGCUCACGUCUCUGACCUUGCCGGCACCAAGAAGCCCUACGUCCUUCCCGUCCCCUUCAUGAACGUCCUGAACGGUGGCUCCCACGCUGGUGGCCGUCUGGCUUUCCAGGAGUUCAUGAUCGUCCCCGACACUGCUCCCUCUUUCUCUGAGGCUCUCCGCCAGGGUGCCGAGGUUUACCAGAAGCUGAAGUCUCUGGCCAAGAAGAAGUACGGCCAGUCCGCUGGCAACGUCGGUGACGAGGGUGGUGUUGCUCCCGACAUUCAGACCGCCGAGGAGGCUCUCGACCUGAUCACCGAGGCCAUCGAGCAGGCUGGCUACACCGGCCAGAUCCACAUUGCCAUGGACGUUGCCUCCAGCGAGUUCUACAAGACCGACGCUAAGAAGUACGACCUUGACUUCAAGAACCCCCAGAGCGACCCCUCCAAGUGGCUCACCUACGAGCAGCUGGCCGACCUCUACAAGUCCCUGGCUAGCAAGUACCCCAUUGUCAGCAUUGAGGACCCCUUCGCUGAGGACGACUGGGAGGCCUGGAGCUACUUCUACAAGACCUCUGACUUCCAGAUUGUUGGUGACGACCUGACCGUGACCAACCCUCUCCGCAUCAAGAAGGCCAUCGAGCUCAAGUCUUGCAACGCUCUUCUGCUCAAGGUCAACCAGAUCGGCUCCUUGACUGAGGCCAUCCAGGCCGCCAAGGACUCUUACGCCGACAACUGGGGUGUCAUGGUCUCCCACCGCUCUGGAGAGACCGAGGAUGUCACCAUUGCCGACAUCGUCGUUGGUCUGCGCUCUGGCCAGAUCAAGACCGGUGCUCCGGCCCGUUCCGAGCGUCUGGCUAAGCUGAACCAGAUCCUCCGUAUCGAGGAGGAGCUCGGCUCUAACGCCAUCUACGCGGGCUCCAAGUUCCGCACCUCCAUUAACCUGUAG